UUCUUUUAGAAAAACAUCGGCCUAGAAACGAGAGAAGAAAUGCAGUGACAAUGAAUCGAAUGUUAAUGUUGUGCACCAACUCUACUCCCUCCAGAGAGAGACCAACUGUGAGAAGGCCCUCAGAACCAGCUGUUCAAUAGCAAGAACCAUUGUAUUACAACCAUCAAUGGAGUUUCAUCCUGUUUGGAAAAGACUGUCAAACAAACAUGUAUGUAUUGGACUGGACAGGUACGUUAACAGUGCACUAUGUUUUCCCCCGUCAUUCUGCCGCGCCGUACACCAUCCACUCUAUGAGGAUGUAUUUUGACAACCACCAAGUUGCGUACUACAAUGAUGGUAUUAAUGGCCAGCCUCGAAUGCUGUACGAUUUUGGAGCAAUAAGAAAAGACAUGAAAAUAUUGGCAGUGAUACUUCAUCAUUCGCACAUUCGAAGAGCCUCCCCUUCAAGUGAGGAGGGAGAGGUGUGUCUACUGGUCCUCUCAGCCGACGGCUACCUGAGAGUGUUCAAUGCCAACAAUGGCUCCCUACUCAGAUCCGUCUUCCUGUCAACUGCUGUUAGCUAUCGGUACCUACAAUGGGCUGACUACCUCCAUACGGUACAAGUCAAAUCAAUACAGUUCAGUAGACAGCUGGCACGACAAAGGGGUGUGGCUAACGAGUACACCUCCUCACGUCUCCUGGUCGUUGCUGUGUUCAAAGUCCACCCACUCGAGCUGGUGGCUUGUCUCUCGAAAGGUGGGGUUCAUUAUCACUUCUUUUCACCUGAGCAGAUAUUUGGUGGUGAUAUUCAGGAUGCCUCACUCAACCAGGAUGUGCUGGUGGUGGCUCACAGCACGGGGUACUACCGGAUGUACAGUCUGCCAUGGAUCAUUAAGCAUUACAGCGUGGUCAAGGCCACCCUCGGAGAGUGGGUGGAGCUAGGAGGCACAAGGGCCGGGGUGAUGGGAGAGACUGGCUUUGGGGUGCCACUCACCUUGAAUAUUACUGAGCGCCCCCCGCUGCUGUUUGAGGUCAGGAGUGGCUCUGAGCUUGGGAGUAAGCUUCGGAGGAUCCCCAACAGUCUACUUACACAACCCCUCCCCCAAAGACAACAGCGUCUUCUUCCUGCGCUCACUGCAAAGUGGAAAACUGGUCAGUGCUUACAGCUGCUAUCAACUGGUAGAAGAGGGAGUUGUGAAACUUUACACUACCGACUUCAGGUCACUGUCAAAGAGGAAGGAAAUUGUAAUAAAUGCUUGUCUCAUGUAUUUACCAACUUCUCAGGACGUCUUCCGGUCGCACUAUUCAGAGGAGGGUAUGUGCUCAGGAUAUUGACGACCUCUUUGUGUCAGCAGUCCAAGAUAUGGAUUAUGAGAAUGAGCUGGACCUACUCCAUGCUGUGGUCACACUGCCGAGCAGGGAUGGGAAUGGAACAGAGGCGUGGUUCUGUUUCCUUGACGACAGAACUGGAGAAGUAAUAAAAAAAGUA